AUGGGCAACAGCCUGCGGUGCUGCCUGGCGUGCGUGCUGCCGUGCGGCGCGCUGGACCUGGUGCGGAUCGUGCACCUCAGCGGCCGCGUCGACGAGUACGGCCGCGCCGUGUCGGCCGGGGAGGUGCUGGCAGCGCACCCCAACCACGUGCUCAGCAGGCCCUGCUCGUCGCCGCAGGGGGUGGUGCGCAGGAUCCUCAUCGUGUCGCCGGACUCGGAGCUGGAGCGCGGGGAGAUCUACUUCCUCAUCCCGGCCGCGUCCGUGCCCGACGCCAAGAAGGCCGCCGGCGGCGGUGCUGGCACGCCGAGCCGGCACGUGCGCAGCAAGUCGGAAGGGAGCGUCGUCGCUGCCGUGACCGACCGGCAGCUGGGGCUCGGCGCCGAGUCGCCGCCGGAGAAGGAGGCGCCCGCGCCCGCCGCCAAGAAGAAGCAACAGCACAAGAGGGCGGCCGCGCAGCAGCAUCGGCGGCGCAUGAGCACCGGCAGCCACGCCGCGCCGUGGCAGCCGCACCUCGCCUGCAUCGCCGAGGACCUCUGA